UGGCGGAACAUUUUAGUUUCAAUUUGUUAAAAAAUUGUUUAAUAUUUAUAUUGUUUAGAACGUCAGCAUUCAUUUGACUAGCAGUGAUGUCGAUCUUCAGUUAUAUUUUCAGAACCGCAGCUUCGAAUCCGAUCGAGGCACGAUUUAAUGUUAUCACGAAAUACCAAUUAGUGAUUUACUUUGUAGUAUUUAUAAGCAAAAUUCCAGCAAUAUGGCACAUACUCAACCUGAUGAUUUUAAAUCCUGCUAUGACGUACACAUGUGGUGGAGACACAGCAAGAGUACGGCUUGUGGACGCGGAUGUGUGUCCAUGCAGCAACCCUACAUGGGACAAAAGCGUGUUCACGGAGACCGUACAGACUAGAUUUGGGUUGAUUUGUGAGAGGAAAAAAGAAAUCAGCCUAUCGGAGACAUGUGCAUAUGGUGGAAUGUUGAUCGGAGCUUUCUUGUUCGGACUAUUAUCUGACAGAUUUGGUCGUCUUAUGACGUUCAGCGUAAGCUUCAUUCUCACCGGACUGGCUGGAGUUGCUGUCAGCCAGUCACCAAGCAUGAUAGCGUUCUUUAUCUUCAGAUUCUUCGAAGGCGUCGGUGCCGGUGGCAACAUCGUCACCAGCUUUGUACUCUUAAUAGAAUACGCUGGAUCGAAAUAUCGAGAAACUCUCACAGCGUUGUAUCAUGUACCUAUUAAUUUAGGUCAUCUAUUAAUGGCCGGAGUUUCGUAUGGACUGAGAAACGCUUUUCAAUUUCAACUAGCCAUUUCUAUUCCCAUGUUCUUGUUUGGAUUUGCUGUUUUCUUUUUAAACGAAUCACCGUUGUGGCUGCUAACUAGAAAUUAUAAAGAAAGAACUGUGAAGGCGAUGCAGUCAAUAGCGAAGUUCAAUAAGAAGCCAGACAGUAGUAUCAGCGCAGAUAUCGAUGCAUACUACUACAGUACCCGAGGCACUCGGCACGAGAAAAUUCAACUCUACCACAUAUUCAAAUAUAGAAGACCUACCAUCAACCUAUUAUGUAUGGCUUAUAUGUACCUCGUUUGUGGCAUGGGAUACUACGGCGUUUCACAGUAUAUAUCCAAGAUGAGCGGUAAAAUCCAUUUGAACAUAGCAAUUUCUGCUCUUCUAGUGAUGCCGGGUACUUUUGUUAGUGUAUUCCUGCUCAACAAAAUUGGUAGGAAACCUUUUCUUAUGUCUACUAUUUUAUUGGCUGGCGUAUUUAUGUUAGUUACUGUAUUAGUGCCUAGUAACUUUGAGCCGGCGUGGCUAAAAGUGAUUUUUGCAUGCAUUUCAAAUUGUUUCUUUUUCAUGGCCUUUAUUGUGGUUUUUCUUUAUGGGGUGGAACUAUUCCCGACUCAGAUACGAAAUUCGGCGCUUGGUGUUUUGUCACUAUUGUCCAGGGCCGGUAUGAUGAUUGCUCCGCAGAUCAAUAACCUGAAUCCGACUGUAGCGGGGUAUGUGUUCGCGGCACUGGCUCUAAUAGGCGGUGUCUUAACUAUUUGUUUACCUGAGACUAAGAACCGGGAGCUGCCGUCCACUUUGCAAUAAGGAAGCUGAAUCGAGAGGAGAAAU